ACUUUUCUACAUCGUACCAUCGUGGCAUCGUAGUUCGAACUUCGAAGCACUGCUAAAGACACUACAAUUAUAGCCGGCUGAGGUUCGAAGUCAUUUACGUAGUAUUAUUAAAUCGUAGCAUACGAAUCUCGAGGUAGGUAGUCAUAAUUUUUAGCACAAAAUUCUGUGGUCGUAUUGGUCGUAACGACUUAUUAGCAACCCAUAUACCAAAGAUGUAGUUGUUCGCUGAUAACAUAAUAAUGAUAACACAUCACUGUUAAAAAAACGGUUUCGUUUCAAAUUAAAAAUAUCAAAAAUAUUGGCAAAUAGGUGGCCAGUGCGCACUUGGACACUUGGUGCCUUAGUGGACUUCACUAGUCACAGCCUAUUAUGUAACUCGCAAAUGUCUAAACUAUCGGAACCUCGAGACCGAACCAAGUUCACAGAGAAUAUGAUUAACCACUGGUCGUAAAUGAUUUUGACGCGGUGUACUGCGAUCGGCGAUCAUCGAAUUAAUAUUAUAAUAUUAAUAAUUGCAAAACUACACUGUUCUUUCUGACCGACCGCAGAACACCUACACAAUCAACAAGUAAAAAUAUGAUGAACGGAACCGAAUGAUAACUAGAUACUUUGUGGAGUUUAUCUUCGGAGACCGCGGUAGUGGUGUUUGGGUAGGUAUUCAGUUAGUCGACAUUUUGAUUGUAAUCAACAUUAUCAAUCUAUAGUAUAAAAAUAGUAAAUACAUCGCAGCGAGUCGUUCGCGGCAAUCACUCGUCUACCGGAAAUAUGAUUUUUUCACGUUCGCACGAAAUUGAUUUCAGUGUGUACUCGCGACACUUAAGUUGUUUCCGUAGAUCGAACUCUGUCACUACCGACCGGCGACAUGAGUGUAAUGUCGACGGAGGACGUAGUUGUUUUGUUAGAGGAGUUGACGUCCAAGUUGAUAUUUUUCGGAAAUCACACGUUGGACAGUGUCCUGAAUGAAUUUUGGCACGACUUCUCGUGUGCCAUUCAAAUCCAACCCGACCUGUUUAUCUAUAAGGACAAGACAUUGGCGAAACGGAGUCUGGCUGCCUUGUUUACGAGUAAAGUAUACUUGCACGUAGACUCGUUGCCGAAUUCCAUGCAAUACGCAUUAGCUGCCAGCGAUAUGAUCAACAUGGAAGCUUGUGAUGAAUACACUCAGAAAAUAAUAGCCAAGUGUCUGGACCAUUACGCAAAAGUCUGUGUGAGAGGUACUGAGUGCUCGGCCCCACUAAUGGCCAUGGAUGUGCGUUUGGAAGACGUUGUCAGCUGUAUUUUUCGRAAGUGUUUAGAUGACAAAAAUUACAAACUUGGAUUGAAAUUGGCACUGAGAACAAAGCGUAUGGAUAUGUUCAACAAAUGUAUCAAAUCAGUAGACAACAUUAAUGAAAUGUUGUUAUACGCUAAGCAAGUGACCAUGUGCACAUUUGAAAACCGUAGUUUUCGUACUACAGUGUUACUAAGUCUCGUCAACCUUUAUCGAAAACAAAGUGACUUCUUAAGUUUAAGCCAAUGUUUCAUAUCUUUAAAUGACYCAAAAUCAGUAGCUCAACUUCUUAAAAAUCUCAUUAAAAAAAAUGAUAAAAAAUGUUGCUUAAUGGCAUAUCAGAUAGCAAUUGAUUUAUUUGAAUUGGCAUCUCAGCGGUUUUUGUUUAAUGUUCUUAAAUCACUAUGGCAAAAAGUUCCUUCUAGUACACGUAUUGCUAAAACUGUUACUGUUGUGUCAAGCAAAGUUACUGCAAUUGAACAUAAUACUAAGGUACACUCUUUUGAAUCUGUUGGGCCUAAUGACAAAUACCACCAAGAAAUGAUACAAAAACUUACCAAAAUUUUGAGUGGAAAAUUGAGUAUUGAAAAAAAUUUACAAUUUUUAACUAGAAACAAUCACACAAACAUGUAUAUUUUAAAUCACACAAGAGAUUCAGUUUACACAAAUAUCUGUCACACGGCCACCAUGAUCGCUAAUGGUCUUAUAAACAGUGGUACAACAAGUGAUCAUUUUUUAAGGUACAAUCUGGAAUUAGCCAACUGGACUACUUGGGAAAUAUUUUCUGCUAUGAUUUCACUUGGUGUUAUUCAUAGAGGCAAUGAAGUAGACGCUCUUAAACUAAUACACAGCUUCUUGUGUCUCAAGAAAAAUAAUUCAUCAGAAAGUUUAAGUUAUAGUAAAGGCGGUGGACUAUAUGCUUUAGGUUUGAUCUUUGCCAAUCAUGGUACAGCUAUUAAUGACUAUCUUCUCAAACAACUCAAAGAUGCUCAAAAUAAAAUCGUGAAACACGGCUGCUGCCUAGGAAUUGGUCUGUCUGCCAUGGGWACAUGUCGUAAAGAUAUUUUUGAACAACUGAAAAUCAAUAUGUAUCAAAACAACUAUGUUUUUGGGGAAGCUGUUGGGUUAGCUAUGGGCUUGGUUAUGUUGGGAACAAAAAAUGACGAAGCUCUUCAAGAUAUGGUGGCAUUUGCUCAGGUGACGCAGAAUGAACAAAUUUUGAGAGGUUUAGCCGUUGGAAUAUCUUUUUUUAUGUAUGACCGAUUGCAAGAAGCUGACCAAUUAAUUACUUCUUUGCUACAAGACAAAAAUCCUAUAUUGCGCUGUUCUGCUAUGUAUACAAUAUCCAUGGCGUACUGUGGAACAGGAAGCGAAACGGCUGUUACAAAAUUGUUGCAUUUUUCAAAUUCUGAUGUUAGUGAUGACGUACGUUGUGCAGCUGUUACAAGUUUAGGAUUUUUAUUGUUCAGAAUACCUGAUCUGUGCCUUCAAAUCAUCAGUCAACUCACAAAGAGUUAUAACCCUUACAUCAAAUAUGGUGCAGCUAUGGCACUUGGUAUUGCUUUUGCUGGCACUGGACACGUAGAUGCUAUUAAUUUAUUAGUACCAAUGAUUAAUGACUCGGUAAAUUUUGUACGCCAAGGAGCACUAAUUGCUUCUUCUAUGAUUUGUAUUCACCAAACUGAGAGCUCUUGUUCCGAAGGAAWAUAUUUCCGUUCACUAUAUGCUAAAGUUAUCAGUGAUAAGUAUGAAGAUGAUGUGGUUAAAUUUGGAGCUAUUUUGGCACAAGGUAUUAUUGAUGGAGGUGGUCGUAAUGUUUCRAUUUCACUGGAGUCAAAGAUUGGACACACUAAUAUUUUAACAAUUGUGGGUCUAAUGUUAUUCACACAAUAUCAGUACUGUAUAUGUCUAGCCCAUUGCUUAACUCUAGCUUUCACACCCACAUGUGUCAUUAUACUGAACUCACAACUCAAUAUGCCAGUUUUAGAGUUAAAAAGCAGUAAACGAAUCAAUCAUACAAUAAAUUACAAUUCAUUACCUCAAGAACUUGCUGAAAAAAGAGGAUGGAUUCAGUACUUAUUUGAUCAAAGCUUUAAGACAAAGUCUAAUAAACGCCGUAGAAAACACUCAAAGCUUGAUUAUUUUGAUUACAGUGUUCUGAUUCCUAAAAUUGUACAAGAUAUAGAAGAUAUAAAAAUGAAUUGGUCAACUGGACAUUUUUUAUUACAAAGAAUAAAUUGUUAUUCUGAGAAAUAUAAAGGUAUAAACUGUUUACAGUAUGAUGAAAGUAAAAUUGUUGCAGGCUUAUGUGAUAAUACUAUAAAAAUAUGGGAUAAACAAACAUUAAAAUGUAUAAAGGUAUUAUAUGGCCAUACGGGAUCUGUUCUAUGUUUGCAAUAUGACGACAAAAUGAUAGUGAGCAGUUCCAGUGAUAGUACAAUUCGUGUUUGGGACAUCAAUACAGGUGAAAUGUUGAACACUAUUAUUCACCACACUGAAGCAGUCUUGCAUUUAAGUUUUAGCAAUUAUAUGAUAGUUACUUGUUCAAAAGACCAUUCAAUAGCUGUAUGGGUUAUGAGGUCACCUUGUGAAAUUACUUUAAGUUGUGUUCUGUUUGGUCACCAAGCACAAGUAAAUGUAGUAAAUUUUGAUCACAUUUACAUUGUAUCAGCUUCUGAAGAUUGUAGUAUUAAAGUAUGGAAUUCAUUAAGCUGUGAAUAUGUGCGUACUCUUAAUGGUCACACAUCUGGUGUAAUCUGUCUUCAAUAUAAAGAACGAUUAAUUGUUAGUGGAAGUUCUGAUAGAACCAUAAGGUUAUGGGAUAUUGAAUAUGGUAUUUGUUUAAGAAUACUGGAUGACUACAAUGAAUUGGUGCUAUGCAUUAGAUUCAACAGUAAGAUAAUUGUUAGUGGAGCAAAUGAUGGGAAAAUUAAAGUUUGGAAUUUAGAAGCAGCAUUARACCCCCGAGUUCCAGCAUCUAGUCUGUGUUUACGUUCACUUAAGAUGCACACAGAUGCAGUUUAUGAUCUCAAAUUUGAUGAGUUCCAAGUUGUCAGUUGYUCAAAAGAUGGCACUAUACUAAUCUGGGAUUUUCUCAACUAUAAUGACAGAAAUUACAAGGAGGAAAGUUUAUCAAACAACAUAAGUGUACACAAYAGUUCUGAAAUACUUGCUUCAAACACCCCUCCUUCCCGUUUUCAGUGACUUGUUUGUUAUCCAGAUUGGAGUUUUGUAGAGAAUUAAUACACUACAGUAUUCAUUUUAUAUAGUCAUAUAAAAAUAGAAAAGUAAUUUGUUUUUUG